CUUAAUAAAUGCAACAUUAAUAAGCAGCACACGUGUCUACGUACGUACCUCUUAUAGUAUCAACUACCAAGCAAGUUGGAGAAGUGAAGAUGAUGUUGAUACAUGCGAGACUUGGAAUUGGUCCACUGGACAUCGCGCAUCACACACAUAUAUAGUUGGUUUCUUCAGAAUGCUUAAAUUGCAUUGAAUCUCCUUUCUCUGGGGAGCACAGAAUCUAGCUAGGAAAAGCAAUGGGGGUGUCAUUCAUACUUUUUUGUUGUUGUUUAGCUCUUACCCUGCCGGUUCAUGGACAAGAUCAAUCAGGCUUCAUUAGUAUAGAUUGUGGAAUUCCUCCUCAAGGUUCCAACUACACAGACAAGACAACAGGAAUACGUUACACUUCAGAUGCAGGUUUUGUAGACACAGGUGAAAGCAAGGCUAUAUCCUCUGCUGUUAGGAAUAACUACAUACUGGAACAACAAUUGUUUAACGUUAGAAGCUUUCCUAAAGGUGCCAGAAAUUGUUACGGUCUGAGACCUGAAGGAGGGAGAGGCAAUAAAUAUUUGAUAAGGGCGUCAUUCUUGUACGGAAACUAUGAUGGUAAAAAUCAACCACCACAAUUCGAUCUACACAUUGGAGUUGAUUAUUGGGAUACGGUGUUGCUAGAAAAUUCCUUCUCUAUAUGGACGAACGAGAUCAUACAUGUGCCCUCCACAGAUUAUAUAUAUGUUUGUCUUGUAAACAUAGACACUGGAACACCCUUCAUUUCAACAUUGGAGUUGAGGCCUUUAAAUAUUCUCAUGUAUCCAACUACAAAUGGAUCAUCAUUAAGUUACUUUAGACGGUACGAUUUGGGUUCAACAGCCGAUAAAUAUCAAGUUGUUAGAUACAAGGAUGAUGUUUACGAUCGCAUGUGGAAGUCCAAAAACUUGGACUACCUGUGGAAGUUAAAUACCACAAAAACAAUUGACUCCAAUGGCGAUGGCCAUGGACUAUUGCAACCACCAUCAAAGGUCAUGAGCACGGCCGCCUUCCCCAACAUCAGCUAUGAUUCAUUGUUGUUCUCAUGGGAGCCUGACAGUCCCUCUGACGACCAAUUUUAUAUCUACUUAUACUUCGCUGAAGUUGAAGUGUUGAAGGCAAAUGAAACCAGAGAGUUCUACAUUUAUUUGAAUGAUCAACUAUUUUAUGAUGAUCCUGUUGUUCCUCAAUAUUUAUCCACUUUUCCAGUAUACAGAGAUUUUCCUCAUGAGAGUUCUGAUGGAAACUUUGAGCUUUCGCUCAGGAAGACCAGUACAUCAACCCAUCCACCCAUCCUCAAUGCCAUUGAGCUUUACACUGCAAUACAAUUACACUCACAAACUGAUGACAUAGAUGUUCAAGCUAUGAUGAGCAUCAAGUCGGUGUAUGGAUUGACCAGAAACUGGCAAGGAGAUCCAUGUGUCCCUCAAAGUUAUGUGUGGAAGGGUCUCAACUGCAGUGACAAUGGUGCCAGACCCGCUAGGAUAAUAUCCUUGGACUUGUCCUCAAGUGGAUUGAACGGGGAGAUAGCUCCCUACAUAUCAAGUCUCACAAUGAUACAAUCCUUGGAUCUGUCAAAUAAUAGCUUAACAGGGCAGGUGCCUGGUUUUCUCUCCCGACUGACUUUCUUGAAACUCUUAAAUUUGAAGGGAAACAACUUCACAGGUUCAAUUCCAGCAGAACUGCUUGCAAAGUCAAAGGAUGGAUCACUGUCAUUGAGUAUUGAUGAAAUUGAAGGUGAAAACACAAAUCCUUGUCAGUCUAUUCCAUGUGAAAAGAAAAAAAAGAGCAUUGUUGUUCCAGUAGUCGCAUCUGCUGCAGCACUGUGUUUGCUACUAACAACUGCAACAAUGGCUACUUUGUGGUUCAUUAAAAGGAGAAAACGAGUGGUCAGGAAGGAGGAGGAUGCAGAAACAAACCAAAAAGAUAGGUCCUUUGAGAUGAAGAAUCGACAGUUAACAUACUCGGAGGUAUUGAGUAUUACUAAUAACUUCCAGAGGGUUAUUGGUAAAGGAGGAUUUGGAACAGUUUACCAUGGCUACUUAGGUAACUCUCAGGUUGCUGUAAAGAUGCUCUCUCUGUCCUCAGUUCAAGGGUACAAGGAAUUCCAAGCCGAGGCGGACCUUCUUAGUUGUGUUCGUCAUAAGAACUUAACUUCACUUGUUGGCUACUGCAAAGAAGGCACCAACAUCGGAAUCAUCUAUGAGUACAUGGUUAAUGGAAACUUAAGAAGGCAUCUCCAAGCUGAUAGAAACUCAAUUGUUUUGAGUUGGGAAGAGAGGAUCCGAAUAGCAAUGGAUGCAGCACAAGGUCUAGAGUAUUUGCAUCAUGGUUGUAAGCCACCAAUAAUCCACAGAGACGUAAAGUCUACCAAUAUCUUAUUGAAUGAAAAUUUCCAAGCCAAGCUAUCUGAUUUUGGAUUAUCCAAAGCUUUUCCAACUGAAGGUGGUAGUCAUGUAUCAACAAUUGUUGCUGGCACUCCUGGGUACCUUGACCCCGAGUAUUGCGCAUCAAAUAGAUUAAAUGAAAAAAGUGAUGUAUAUAGCUUUGGGAUUGUUCUCAUGGAGAUUAUUACAAGUCGACCACCAAUAUUAAGAGACGAUGAGAAUAUUCACAUAAUUGAUUGGGUUAGUUCUAAUCUUGCAAAUGGUGAUAUUAAAAGUGUUGUUGAUCCCAGAUUGCAGGGAGAUUUCGAUAUCAAUUGUGUUUGGAAAGCAGUAGAAUUAGCAAUGACUUGCGUAUCUGGUAACUCCACCCAAAGACCAAACAUGAAUUUUGUGGUGACGGAAUUAAGGGGCUGUUUGCCGACAGAGAUAGCUCGUCAUGGGACAGAAUCGAUAGAUUCAGUUGGAGUACCUUUGUACCUGGAGAGUAAAAUGAGUCUUCCGAUGAUGCGAUAACUCCGUAAAUUAAAUAUAUUUUGUGUUUGUUGUUGAAAGUUCUCUACUUUAAUCCGUUACCGUGCCUCCAAAAUGUAUGGCUGGGCUCUAUGCUUAAGAGGAGUCGUCUUUUUCCUUCAUGAAAUUUGUAUAUAAUGAUUGUACUUUUCUUUAUCUAACUAGUAAAUGGAUUGUGUGGUUGUGUA